CGCAUUGUAGACUCCGCGUGCGGCCUUCAUGAAAUUAUAUAAAACACGAAAGGUUGAGAAAAUCAUAAUCCAAGUGUGAAAGAAAUCCGUGAUUCACGAGUAUCUCGAAUAUGGAGAAUCGUUCAAUAUCGAAGAAGAGGAAGUUUGUAGGAGACGGUGUCUUCAGGGCUGAGCUAAACGAGUUUUUGACUCGCGAACUCGCCGAGGAUGGUUAUUCUGGUGUAGAAGUUCGUGUUACACCAAACCGAACAGAAAUUAUCUUGUUGGCUACCCAUACACAAAGUGUGCUCGGUGAAAAGGGACGAAGGAUCAGAGAGCUUACUUCUGUAGUACAGAAACGUUUUAACUUUAAAGAACCGCAGAAUGUUGAGUUAUAUGCCGAGAAGGUUGCUACACGUGGCUUAUGUGCAAUUGCACAGGCAGAAUCCCUUCGAUACAAACUGAUCGGUGGCCUCGCUGUACGAAGGGCAUGUUAUGGUGUCCUGCGUUUCAUCAUGGAGUCAGGUGCUAAAGGUUGUGAGGUGGUUGUCAGUGGUAAACUGCGUGGCCAGAGAGCAAAAUCGAUGAAAUUUGUUGAUGGCCUAAUGAUACACUCGGGCGAGCCGACUAAUGAAUAUGUGAACGCCGCCACCCGGCAUGUGCUUCUUCGACAAGGGGUAUUGGGAAUCAAGGUUAAAAUUAUGCUUCCUUGGGAUCCUAAUGGCAAGAGUGGCCCCAAAAAACCUCUUCCGGAUUAUGUAUCUAUCGUGGAGCCGAAAGAAGAGGUACCACCAUCAGUUCCGAUUUCUGAAGUGAAGCCGUCCAAGGAUCUACCUCCACCCACUCCUAUUGCCGUGUAAUAAAAUGUAAUAAUCAUUUGAAAUACAUUUGGAAGAAAGUA